CACAGCUCUUUCAGACCGCCACUCAUGGGCUCACUCAUGAUCAGAGCUGGAGAGAACACUUGUCCUGGGGAGACUGGGGCAUCUAGGAAUCUAUUUUACCCGAAAGGCAUCCGAUGAAUCUCACCUAGGGCUAAAUGGACGCAUAAUACAGAAGCACAGACUACUGACGUGAAGCGACCUUUCUCAGUGCCAUGGAUAAAUCUUGCAGUGCAGAAGUCAAGUUCAGGCUGGACGCGGACGUGUCCCAUCCUGUACCUAGCACCCCGACCCGAGGACAGUGGUCCAGUAAACUUGAGUUCCUCUUGGCUGUUGCAGGACAAAUUAUUGGCCUGGGAAAUGUGUGGAGGUUUCCUUAUCUGUGCUACAAAAAUGGAGGAGGUGUGUUCUUCAUCCCUUAUGUGGUCUUCCUCUUCACCUGCGGCAUUCCCCUGUUUUUUCUGGAGGUAUCUCUGGGCCAGUACACCAAACAGGGAAUUAUAACAUGCUGGAGGAAGAUCUGUCCCCUUUUUGAAGGGAUUGGAUAUGGCAGUCAGGUGGUUGUUUUAUAUGCCAGCAUCUAUUACGUCAUCAUAUUGGCAUGGGCUUUCCUCUAUCUCUUCUUCUCCUUUAACUCUGAACUGCCCUGGGGAAGUUGCAGAAACAGCUGGAAUACUGAAACCUGUGUGGAGUUUGAUCAAAGAGCUAGUCCUGCCAACUGGACUGUGCCUGAAAACGCAACUUCUCCAGUCAGGGAGUUUUGGGAGAGAAGAGUUCUGAAUAUCACGGGAAGCAUCGAAGAGUUAGGUGAGAUUCGAUGGGAGUUGGCGCUGUGCCUUCUGUUGUCUUGGGUCAUCUGUUACUUUUGUGUAUGGAAAGGAGUCAAGUCCACAGGAAAGGUAGUUUACUUUACUGCCACAUUUCCCUAUUUGAUGCUGGCAGUGUUGCUUAUCCGCGGACUCACAUUGCCUGGAGCCUUAGAUGGGAUCAAGUUCUACCUCUACCCAGAUCCCUCCCGCCUCACUGAUCCACAGGUGUGGAUGGAUGCUGGCACACAAAUAUUUUAUUCAUAUGCUAUUUGCAUUGGGUGUCUAACUGCACUUGGCAGUUACAAUAAGUACAACAAUGACUGUUACAAGGACUGUUUUUACUUGUGCCUCCUGAACAGUAGCACCAGCUUUGUGGCUGGCUUUGCCAUCUUCUCUGUGCUUGGAUUCAUGGCGUAUGAGCAGCACAUUGACAUUUCUAAAGUGGCAGAGUCAGGUCCUGGCUUGGCAUUCAUUGCCUACCCACGUGCAGUCACCAUGAUGCCUUUUCCCCAGAUAUGGGCGGUAUUUUUUUUCAUUAUGAUAAUUCUGCUGGGACUGGACAGUGAGUUUGUAGGUCUGGAAGCAAUUGUAACAGCAAUUUCAGACAUGAAUCCAGCCUUCUUCCAUGUUGGUCAUCGACGUAAACUCCUUCUACUUGCUAUCAGCGUUGCCAGUUUUUUCAUUGGCCUUACGAUGGUUACAGAAGGUGGACUCUACAUCUUCCAGUUAUUUGACUAUUAUGCCUGCAGUGGGAUGACUCUUCUCCUCUUUGCCACCCUACAGUCUGUGUGUGUUGGAUGGGUUUAUGGUGCUGACCGGUUUUAUGACAACGUAGAGGACAUGAUUGGAUACAAGCCUUUGCCACUGAUUAAGCAUUGUUUGAAAUAUGUCACUCCAGUAAUUUGCAUGGGUACGUUUAUUUUCUCCUUGAUCAAAUACACGCCCCUGAAGUUCAACAACAUGAUUGAGUAUCCUUGGUGGGGGUAUGCUAUUGGCUGGUGGUUCACUCUCUCCUCCACACUCAUGGUUCCUUUCUGGAUGCUGUACGUAGUGGGCAGGACUCCUGGUUCACUGCGGGAGAGGUUCUCCACCUUGUGUACACCAGCUGAAGAUCUUCCAUUGAACAAAUCAGAGAAGAAAGCUCUUGAGCUGAUCGACUUGACCUCCUCUCCUGACGGCAUGAUGUGACCACAGACAAACUGGUCCAGAUUCAUAUUAAACAUCAACUGGCAGAAAGGAAAGCAUGCUACCAAACCAGCACUCCAGCUUCUUUUAAAGCGGUGGUUCCCAACCUUUUAGGUGUUCGGUCGCUUUAAAGAAACCAACGUCUUUUUUCUUUUUCACAAGUUAAACCAAAGAAUAGCUGGUGUUUAAAAACUUUUUGAAGACAUAAAAUGCAUAUUAUUGUGCCUUUUUUCUAAAAGUGUAAAGGAACAAGAACUAUUUUGGGAGAAGAGUUUUUGAUUAUCAGCUGUCUUUCCUGUUUAUCAUAAAUACUUGAUCCUGCAGAUUCAACUUGCAAGGGAUCCAAACCUCCAAGUUAAGAGUAACUGUACUAAAUAAUUCACUCAGAUUUAAUGUGACUUUAUCUUAUUAAGCACUUCCGAGAUUGAAUGUUGACUCUACAGAAAUGUUGACAAUUUUAUGAUGAGAAAGCCAAGCUCAGUAGACGGUUAAUUGCCCAGGAAACUUUUUUAUGUCCUUGGUUUCUGAGCUUCUAUGUAGACAAUGCAGCUGACUCUGUCACCAAAAUGUAGGCUUUCACUACAGCAAGCAAACAGGGCUGCCUGUCGUGUUUAUUUUUGUCGUUUAAAAAAUGGCGUGUUUAGUUUUGUUAAUUUCAGAGAAACUGACCAAGAAAGUGAAAGUUUCCUCACAUGGCCAUUGAGUCAUUUUGCAAUAAUUACAUUGUAUGCGUAAAGCAGAAAAUCCUCACCUUUUAGAGAAUAUUUAAAGUUUCUUUUCCUUAUUAUUAAUUCUUGAGUUGACCAGUAGAUUGAACACUGAAUUAACUCAGCACUUACUUGAAAGUGGAUGUUGACAUUUUACUUAAAAUUUUAUUAUCUUCAAGACCUCAAGGCCUUGAAUAAAACUGAAAUCAAGCUGGCAUUUGGUUAUUUUGUAUUUAAGCGCUGAUAUCCUAACUAAGCAACAUUUGUUUUGUUUCCUUUUUGUUUCCUUUUUCCUUUUCGAGAUUGCUUCAGCAUUUAUAUAAAUAAAAGUAAUUCAGAUGUACUUUUGCCAAAAAAAAAAAAAAAGGAAGCCAUACAGAUUGAAUCCUUGAGUCACUCCAAGUCACUGUUAAUGACACGGUUUGUGUUUAAGACACAAAAUUUAUCAAGAAAAAUCAACUUAUGACAUCCUUUUUUAAAAUCUGGACACAGCAUGCACCUUAGCCAAGUGACUCCAAAAGCUGUUUCCUGCACAAAAGUGUUUCUGUUACUUAAAGAAGGGCUUGUACCUCCAGCACAGAUAGAAAACAGAAAAAACACUAACGUGUGUGUUUGGCUGUAGAUAAUGUAAACUGUUCAUGUUGGGUUAUGUCAUUGAAAGUACUCAGCACAAAAAAGGAACGUGAAAAAACUCAGUGGCUGAUACAGUCAGAUUCACAAAAAAGGAUAUUUUUAAACAAUUCAUAGAGUAUAUUUUUAUAGUCUCAAAUUAACCAUAGUUGUUAGAAUGGAAAACUGAUUAAGCACAUUUGCCAACCAUUUUGUAAAGGUUUUGUAUUAUAUUAAACUGAGAUUUCAAAAAUGUAUAAAUGCUGUUCUUCAUUUUAUAAAUUUAACAGUGAAUCAAUUAUUAUUAAAAGGUUACCUAUUUUCAAAAGAUUGUUUGAAAGAAACUGUUUAAAUUCACAUUUAAAAGAGCAAUCUGACAUUUUAUAUCACCUACUGUUGUUGUGUAAAUACCUGUGACAACUUAUCCAGUGUUUUAUUCAAGAGGAUGUUUGAAUGGAUCAUGAAAUUGUUUCCUAAUGAGGUAAUUAUGUUCUUUUAUUGUCCUAUCAUUUAACAAUGUGCCAUUCUUUAAUUCUUUUCUUUAGAUAAGACAUGUUGUAACUUGAUUGAAUAAAGUGGU